AUGCGGCGGCCACGGCGCCCGGCGAAGGCCGGAGUUGGUGGCGGCGGAGAGGCGCCAGUGGAGGCGGGGGUGGCGGCGGGAGUGAAGGGCGCGGCGAGGGUUCCGGUGAUCGCCGUCGACGGGGAGGGCGAGGCGCCGGUGCUAGGGUUUCCGGUGGCCGCAGCGGCCGGAGGCGGGGAGGACGAGGCGCCGGUGGGGAAUGGCAACACGGAGAAGGGCGAGGACGGGGACGGGAUCAAGUGGCUCAAGCACUACUCCUCCGCGCAGAGCAUACUCAUCGUCGGAGACGGGGACUUCUCCUUCUCGCUGGCGCUCGCCACCGCCUUCGGCUCCGGAGAGAACCUCCUCGCCACGUCCUUGGACUCCUAUGGGGCUCUAACGAGAAAGUAUGGCAAAGCUGAAGCUAAUGUAACAGAACUGAAAAGAUUGGGGGCCACAGUUUUGCAUGGUGUUGAUGCAAAAACGAUGAAGCUUCACUCAUGUCUGAAGAUGAGACGUUUUGAUCGCAUUGUCUUUAAUUUUCCUCAUGCUGGGUUCAAAGGAAAAGAGGAUCAGCUGCACGUCAUCAACGCGCACAAGCAGCUGGUGCAUGGGUUCUUUGCAAAUGCGCGGUACCUGCUUCGGCCCUAUGGUGAAACCCACGUUAGCCACAAGACAGGACGUCCUUAUGACUCAUGGGAUAUCGAGCAACUGGCCUAUGACUCUUGUCUUACUAGGGUUCAGACAGUUCCUUUUUCUAAGGAAGACUACCCUGGUUAUAACCAAAAGAGAGGAGAUAGUGCAAAGUGCGAUCAACCUUUUGCCCUAGGUCCAUGCUGCACUUUCAUGUUCUGCCUCGGAGAUGUAAAGAAGCUGAAGAAAGCUCAUGGGAGCAGGGUUGGCUCAAUCUCAUUCCUUGGCAACAACAAAUUCUAUCCAGGCGUAUCGGCAACUGGCAUGAGCCAAUUUGAUCUGCGCCCACUUGCUCCAGCCUGGCCUCGGACACAUUUUCCGCCAGUCAACGCAGUUCACAUGCCAAUACCAUUUGUUCCUCACCCCUUUGGAGUUGCUCCAAUGGAACAUCCAGGUUUUACAGUCAACUUUUCUGGGGCAGAAAGAGCUCCUUACUUCCACCAGCAGCAGGACAUGGUACAGCCAAUGUGCAGAGGGCAACCACUGAAUGUUUUGCCCACUCAAUGCGGCCUUCAUCCACCAACGAGUAGAGUCCUUGCAAAUCCGGAGCAGCCUCCAGUUGUGCCACCAUGGGGAGGUGACUACUCUUACUCACCCGGAGGAUACCAGGGUCUGCAAAGAGAGUAUGAAAUUCACAGACAACAUAUGCUGUCCCUUGAACAUCGCUACAUGGAAUCUGUCCAGAGGCGGGCUAGGCUGGAGAUGUUGAUUGCGCACUACGGCAGCCAGUGAAGGAUCGUUUCGAAAGCUGUGUCUCUGCUGCUGCUGCUGCAAGGGUUCACUGAGCAGAGAAACUCUGACCUUCCAAGAUGACGCAACUUUCGACUUGAGGUGUUCUUUUGUUGAUGAUGUACAGUUAGGGCCAUUUUGCGUGGCAAACACUGACCACGAGUCGAGAACAGCUCAAGCAAUGCUGUUUUCUUUCUCCUAUCUAGUAAGUAGUUUGAGAAAACACCUGUAGACAGCCAAGCCUCAUUUUGCAAUGGAGCUGUCUUCAGGGUCUCAAAAGUGUAUGCAGUUAUUAUCUGGGUUUAUCACUGGUACAAUGAUGAGCCUGAACCUGGUGUAACUGGCUUCGUUUGUGCUUCAAGUCUUGCUGCAAGACUUUCUUG